AGCUUGGCCCUUUGUUCCGCUCCCAACUCCCCCAUCGUCUAUUCAGCAUCGGCACCGACUGAAGGCACCCCGCCGCGUUGCCUUCGUCGUCUCGUCUGCCGCUGCAUCUCUUUCUCGUCCCUGCUCUUAUCUUCGUCGCCAUCCUUUCACCCGCUUCUCCGACCCAUUUUAGUCUGCCUUAACAAUUCUUUACUGCCCAUCUUGCUCCUCCGGCGCAUGUUGGUGUCAUUGCCCGCAUUGCAGUUGCAGGUGGUGUUCGUGUAACUUCGGCUCUGAAGGAGCUCGUCUCUUUUCAUAUCUGGCGGACCAGUCAGGGUCGAAUUGUGAAAUUUAUGCUAGGUGCUGUAGCUCCGCCCGAGGAUAUUACGUGAGGAGUAUUCUUUAGGGCUUUCUGGAUUUUGUUUGAAUUAGUAUGUGUUUGUGUUUGUGGAGAGGGGUAAUGUUUGGGGGGUUUUGUUGUUCAGGUGUGUGUUGGGAUGUGGAGCAUUCGGUUGGUGGGGUUCGGAUGUUCGGCGAUUUGAAUGUGAGGUUGUAAUUGUGGUGAUUUUUGAAUGGCUUUGGAGGUCUGGGCACCUGGGUUUGCAUGGGGUAUGCGAUGGGUUCCAUGUGACGUGCAGGCGUUGCUCAUGGUGAGAUAGGGUGUAUUAGAAUGUGGAGGGUUCUCGGCGGUAGAGUACCGACUGGAGAACUGUUGGUGUUUGGGUUAUCUGGUGGGUUGUGAAGGUAGGGGGAACGGGAACAGUGUCAUAAGUUUUUGGCCUCAUGUUGAUCUUGUGCAGGAGUUGAGAGAAGUUUUGGUAGGGAUUGAAAAAACGGAAGGAUAUUUUUUCCAUAGUUCGGUGCGAGGUUUGUUUGUGCUCUGUGUUUUUGGCACCGAACCUGAGACAUGUAAAGGCUCUUCAUAUCCUCAGCAUGCCCUUCUCAGUAGCGGAGGAUCUUUGUAUUCUUGCACGAAUUGCUGGGGUUGGCCAGUAGACCUCGGAUCUUGAAGUACAAUCUUUAUGCUUAGGAGUGUUCUAGAAGCGUUGCUUUGAAGCCUUCAAGGGUUACAUUGAGUUAGCAGGCACUACCAACAUGAAUUGGGCCCCCCUCCGUAUUGCGAUUGGAACUGUAGGAGGCGGCUUAUUUGGGUUUUACGUCAUGCACAAGGUUGAAAACCAUCACAAGGAGAAAAUUAAAUUUGAGAUUGCAAAAUUACAACAGGAGGAAGACCGAUUGGCACGAACAGACUCGGAGAAGCUUCCAAAUUAGCUUCGUGUGCCGUCGGUACUGUUGCCGAAUAACUUUAGAAACGAUGCUGCUCCGCUAUCAAGAGCCAGUGAAGUUAAAGACCAAAAGAGUAGUGUACGAGGAGAACUAUUAUGCACGUGAUUCUGGCACGUUGGAGCAGCUGAAAGAGCUCAGCACCAAGCGCCAAGCCUUUGAGGAAUCGAUCAAUGGAAGUAGUAAAAUUACUCCCGCUAUUGCUAGGGAGAUGGCAGGUGGUAUUACAUCUCCAAUCUUGCAGUGGACGACAGACUUAGCAAUUCGAUGGACUAGCCCUUUAAGUGGCUCCAGUGGCAAGUUGUUUACUGGGCCGAAGUAUUUCCGAGUGGAUGAUUUGCGUUACGAGCUUGGAAUGACGUUCUUUUUGUAUGGGGCGCUGCAGCGUGAGCUUGCCAUGGAGGUUUUGAGUACAGACAUUGUGGAGGCCGGAGCCCUAUUCAGGAGAGCUUCAGGAAUAUUUAAGCAUUUGGCAGAGAAUGUUUUGCCUCCACUUCAGCCUUUCCUACCCCCAGAUAGGGGCCCAGAAGCUACUGCGUCGAUGGCGGCUGUUAUGAGCACUAUUUGCCUCGCUGAAGCUCAGGCAGUGACAAUUUUGAAGGCGGAGGAAAAGGGCACAAGUGGGAGUCUCUUGGCAAAGCUUCACUACGGAGUUGUGCAAUUUCUGGAAGAAGCAUCUCUAUUGCUUCGCACAAGUGCUGCAGACUGGACUGAUGUCUCUGACAAGUUGCGAAAAUUCAUUGGGGUUUGCAGCGUGCUCCACGAGUCACGCAGCCAGCGUUACAUCGCUGCAGAGUACACGAAAGUUGAAAGCUUUGGUGUUGCUAUAGGAAUAUUGCGAUACUCCUUGAGCCGCGUGCAGUCUGUCCGUCCCAGCGAAGAAGUCUGGAAGUUACCUUUCAGACAGGAACUAGAUACUUUACGGAAUAUGUUGAGAAAGGCUGACCAUGAAAAUGAGUUUAUUUGGCGAGAGAAACCACCUCGAGUGGAUGAACUGCCAGCUUUAGAAGGUAAACAGAUAGUACAACCUAUUGCGUACCAACCCUUUGGCUUGGAUAGAGAGUUUAUAUUUGUCACGUAGUUUCGUGACCUAAGGAAGGCAUGACCUUUUUAUGUCAUGUUCGAACCUCUUGAUGUGGCUUCAUGAUGAGCACUUCAUAGGUUUAUCAUGUUGAUAUCGGAAAGAGUCAUUGCAGUAUUACAUAAGAACCACCGUUUAUAUCAA